AUGCAUUGCCUUCUUGCAUCCGCAUCUUCAUCUUCAUCUGCUACCUCUUCCUUUGUUCAUGGUUAUACUCUCCUCCACCACAGUAACCCUCUUACCAGAAUACGCAAAUGGGGUUUGCUUAAGCCUCACUGUGCUCAGAGACAACAGAGCCGAACAAACCUUACAACUUCAUGGCCUUCAGUCUCACUUACACUUUUUGGCACAGGCUUCUUACUAGGUCCCCUUCUCGAUGGACUCCAUUCAAGGGUCAAUCUCGUCGUCUACAACUCAGGCUCCAUUGACAUAGGUCCACUCCACACUAACAUCUGGGUUCCUUUCUUGCUGGGCUUAUUUUAUUCCUCUGUUGGUUUGCUUCAACUCUACCUAGACCAAAAGUUCUUCAACAAGGUUCAAGAGGCAAGUUUGGUAAAAACAAUUGUCUCACUAAUGUUGUCCUGUCCUAGAUUGCUGGCACUGUUUAUUGAAUUGAGUGCUGAACUUUACAAAGGUGGAAUAGCGGACAACAUAGAGGCCUACAUAUUAUUUGCUGCAGCAGAGUUCAUAUGGUUUUUCUUGGAUAGGACAUGGCUAGGUUUCACCUUGGCAUGCACUGUUGGCCUUGGUUGCCCACUGGCUGAAGUUCCAAUUAUGAAGUUCUUCCACCUUUGGUAUUACCCUCAGGCCAACAUUGAAAUCUUUGGCCAGGGACUGGUCACUUGGACACUCACUUGCUACUUCGUGUAUACGCCAUUCUUGAUCAAUUUGUCACGGUGGUUGACAACAGUUUAUGGUCCUCAAACAGAUGAAUCUGCCUGA